UUGUCAACAUUUCACUCUUUUGGACAUCUCCGAGAGCGAGCGUGCGGGAAUAUUUUUUGAGAAAUAAAAGUAUAAAAAACUGGAUUUACCAUGGGGUACCUAUUGAUGGUGCUAGUUUUUAUUGCUGUAAUUGCAGGGGGCCAAACAGAAGAUACCAGCAACUGUUACAGUUGUGCGUAUACAGAAGGCCAUCCAGAGAACGAAACGCUAGAUGGCUUCGUCAAGAAAAUCCUACCACGAGGAACCGUUGCACCACUGAGCACCAUUUGUGCAUUGAAGCCAGUCCCCAAGAGUUACCUCAUCUAUUGUGGCUUUGCUGAAGUAAAGGCCGCCAACAACUGUAAGACACCUUCAGUUGACGAUAGUGGUUUGGAUUACUGUACCAGAAGCUGGUGUUAUAAAGCUGUCUGGAGACUUGGAACGCAGGAGGCGAUCUUUAGAAUGUGCUUACCUGAUGGAGAGGUGACCGAAGAACACGAAGUGUCUUUCGCUAGUAUCAGAACGUGUCAAGGAGACAAGUGCAACACCGGCAGCCAUGUUGGAUUUAAUGUGAUACUUGCUCUAGCUGCGGGUCUGACUGGACUCUUACUCAUAUUCAAUUAAACAUGCUACUUAUUUCGAGUGUGAUACGUAGGGAGAGAAGGAUGUUGGCUUUAUCAGAUCCGCCUAAAGUUCUUUGAAUAUACAUAUACAGUAGAACUAUCUCUACUAAGGACACCCUCGGGACUGACAAGUGUUGUCCUUAAUAGAGAGGUGUCCUGAUUAGAGAGGUCAAAUUGAAUGGAAAGAACCAAUUUGAGACCAAAACUAGUGUCCUUAAUAGAGAGGUUGUCCUCAAUAGAGAGGUGUCCGCUAAGGGAAGUUCGACAUGUACAUGUAUUGUGAAGGCGGCUUUUAAUCACUGCGUCUAAUCACAAUCUUUACAUCGUAAUUUUACCUAUGAUGGGCAUAAGUAUUAUAAUUUGAUGAACAAGUCUGAAUCCUGCCCCCAACUAUACGAUGCCGCAGUGUGGAUCCUAUUGGUUAUCAAAGAGCGCCGCAGAGGGGACAUGGUUAGACGUAUACUCAUAGAUAAAACUCCAAAACCCUGUAAAACCCUGAAAACUGACGUCAAUCUUGUUAGCUGAAUAAAUGUCUUCGGGAGCUAA